CGGACUAUGACGUAAGCUGCUUGCCGCGCAGUGAUGAUGGCGGAGCGUGAACGCGCAGUAAAAGUAAUGGCUGCUCUUGAUCGGCGGGUGCCUAGCCUCGAUGAUUUCGUGGGUCAAAGCUGGACUGCCUGGGCCGAGUGGGCCGGUGUGGCAGCGGCGGAUGGGCCUGAUGGGGAUGACUGCAGCAAGAAUGGCAAAAAGGUUGCAGAGGCCAUGUCGCUCAGUAAGGAGGACAUGUCCAUCUUCGGGCUCUACCCCGGCCAUGACGACUUCUACCUGGUGGUGUGCAGCCACUGCGGCCAGGUGGUGAAGCCGCAGGCGUUUGAAAAGCACUGCGAGCGUAGACACGGCCCCCUGGCCAAGCUGUACGCCAGACUGCGCUCUCCCACCCCUGCACCCCAGCCACAGCCGAGACCCCACCACAGCCACUCUCCUUCCCAUGGGACCAACGCUGCUUCUGCUUCUUCAUCCUGGGAGGGUCGUGGCCAGGGUGCCGGACAGCUACGGGCGGCUCCACCCUCACCUUCCACGCCACCCCAGUACAGACACUCCAAGAACUCCAAGGAUGGAGUACGACAUUCCCCGUUGGAGAAAUCCUCCCACAGCAGCCACACAGAGUCCUCAGUAUUCAAGCAGCCGCCGCCUCUGGAGCCUCCAAUGAGUUCUCCUCCGCCAUCACUCAGAGACCCGCCCUGGCCGCACGGAGGAACCCCGCCUGGUAGACCAUCGCCCAGCGACAGAUCCCCCUCGCAGAGCAGCCAGAGGAAGGACUCCUCUCAGGUGUCUGCUGUGGCGGGCCACCGGACCCCGAGAGCCUACAACAAAGUGGCCUCCACAGCUUCCCCCUAUAUACCUGGAAGUCAGUUCCAGCUCAGAGUGAGGUUAACAUCAGCAGCACGACCAGAGAGAGAGUGUGACUUGGACAAACACUGCGGCGUCCUUGACCCGGACAGGAAGAAGGUCUGCACUCGCCUCCUGACAUGCAAUAUCCACUCCAUCCACCAGCGCAGGAAGGUGUUAGGCCGCAGUAAAAACUUUGACCAGCUCGUGGCUGAACUUAAGACCAAGGUUCGUGAAAAAGGGGCCCAGUCCCUGGACGGGAGCUCCUCCACCGGACGGUCCCCAAGCCCCGAGGCUCCCCGGGAGCAGGCUGGGGCUCCACACUGCAGGAGACCUCUGGCCAGCCUCCCUGCGUUCAGUCGAUCCACGACUGCAUCAGAGAGUACCCCAGAGGAAGAGAAGCCGCGGCAGGAUGAGGGGAGUCUCCAAGCGCCCUCCCCUCUCGUCCACGGGCGAAUCUCCAGCGAUGAAAGUGACGCUGAAGGAGCAGAGGAGCACGUUGAGUUCUCGUCCUCUGCGACGCAUCCCAGACCGCUGGCGGUGUGUUCAUUCGGCAGCCAUGCGUUGGGUCACGGCAUCUACACGUUUGACAGGAGACUCCACCACCUGAGGUCGGCUCUCAGCAGCAUGCUGGAGCAGCACAUCAGCGCCCAUCUUUGGAAGAAAAUACCUCAAGCCACAGACCUUCAAUCUCCUCCUCCGUCAGCCAGGACCAUCACCUCUUCGUCUCCCUCCUCUUCAUUACAUUCAAAGAUCCGUACAGGAAGCCACAUCAGCUCUUCGCUCAAAACUGCAUCCUCCUCCAUCUCCUCCUCCCCUUCCACCUCCUCCACCUCCUCCUCCUCCAGUCGUGCUCAAGGGAGACCCUCCACAGCCAUACCAUCAGAGAACUCGGGGGGUGGAGGCUGCAGCAUCACUGGCGGUCACAUGGUGUCUCCCAAUAAGCCUGUAUCAGGGCGUCAGGGGGGGUCAGGGAGACUCAAGAACCCAGUGGGACGACCCAGCAAGCAGAUGCUGAAGCUUCGAGAGGAGGCCGCCACUGCUGCUGCCCUCCGAAAACGCAAAGCCCCGUCCCAGGAAGGUGAACACUCUGGCCCCGAAAGGAACUGCAUACUCCUCCAGGAUCGGGGCCGCCCUCCUUCUGCUGCAUCCUCCUCCUCUUCCUCAUCAUCUUCCUCUUCAAAACCCCCUAUUUCUGCACCUCUAUCACACGGACAGACCAAUGGUACUCUUUCGCCCAGCAGCAAACCCCGCCCCCAGCCCUCCCCUUCAGAAUCACACUCACCAGCCGCAAAAGCGGUCUGGACUUACAAACGAACACACACGCCUCUGGGCCACUCAUCACCCCAAGACUCCUCCUCUGCCACCAACAACUCCCACAGCCGGGGCGGCGUGGGGGACUCAGGACUGCACGGACAGAGCAGUGGGAGGAGCUUUGAGCAGGGGCUGGGGAAGAAACGCAAAGGGGGCAGCAUAGAGGAGCACUCGCCCUCCUCCAAACCCUCAGCUCACCGCCUGCCCUCCUCCUCCUCCUCCUCCAGCUCUGCCACCUCCUCCACCCCGCGCUCCAACUUCUACACCUGGAAGGAGAGUAAAGGAGGGGGGCUGGCCGGGGGCGUGGAGAAGAAACUGGGCACACAGAAGCCAAAACUGCACCAUUAAGUGUGCCUGCCUUACAAGCCAGUAUGAGGGAGCCAGCUCUGCUCAGUCCAAGACUGAGGCAACAGGACUCAAAUGCGUGUUUGUGCAAAUGUGUGUGUGUGUUUUGUCUACUGAGCAAAUGCUCCAGUAUGAGUGUGUCAGGCUGUGUGUGUGUGUGCAGAGUUGGUGCAGUUUGGAUGUGUCGCUGUGUGAAUGUGUCGUCUGGAUGGAUGUCUGAGGAAGAACUGGGAGUGGGAGGAUGGGCUGAAAUUCAGAGUAUGGAUUUAGAUAUACCUCAAGACCAUCCGGUUAUGCUGCUAAAUUAAAUAUGUCGGUUUAUAAAAAUUGAUUAAAAAUGUCCUUUACACUUG